GCACAAUGGUUUCACUUAGGAUAUAGAGUGGGGGACAGCUAUAAGGUCCUCAACACUGGCUUCAUUCUAUCCAUUUGCUACGAGACCAUCUCCGAACAAUUGUAUCUCCUCCGAUCGGCGCUCUCGACUGUUGGGACGCGUAUAUACCGAUUCUUCUUUUUUUCUUCGCUUCGUUUCGUACACCCACCGUGUGAGACGGAUUUCUUCGGUGAAGAAGAAGAAGAAGAAGACAUCAUGGCUCACGGAACAACCCUCGCGCUCGUCCUCUGCGCUACUCUCGCCUGUGGCUUCGCCAUCGAAUUGCCCGACUUCAUCCACGUCUGCAAGCGCAACGAUCCCCAGAUCGAGGCGUGCAUCAAGAAGAGCGUCGAGGAUUUGCGGCCGAAGCUGAUGACAGGUGUGCCGGAGUACAACAUCCCGUCGCUGGAGCCGCUUCUGCUGAAGGAACUGGUGGCAGCCGAGGGUGCCGGUGGACUCAAGAUCACGGCCAAGGAUGUCCACGCCUACGGUGCCAGUGACUUCGUCGUCCAGAAGCUCAGAGUCGACGUCUCGCAGCUGCGCUUCGCCCUGGACAUCCUUCUGCCCCAUCUGUACAUUGAGGGCCAGUACGAGAUCGACGGACGUGUUCUGCUGCUGCCGAUCCGCGGUAACGGCCCGAUGACCGGUAACUUCACCGACGCGACCGGUUCGGUCAAGAUCCAGGCGGGUUUGUUCAAGGACGACCAGGGCAACGAUCACCUCAAGCUCAGCGAGUUCCGCAUGCGCAUUUCCAUCCGCAAGGGAUCCCUCAAUCUCGACAACCUGUUCGGCGGCGACCCGACCCUCGGCAACGUCGUCAACAACGCCAUCAACACCAACUUCGACGCCUUCAUCAAGGAGCUCCAGCCUCUCAUCGAGAAGGCCCUGUCCAGCGCUUUCACGGACAUCGGCAACAGCAUAGUCCGUCCCUUCACCUACGAGCAACUCUUCCCCAUGUCAUAAGCGCCCUCUACACGCACGGCUACUUACCACAUAUGAAAAAUCGCGCGAUCUCUUUUAUUUUUACUCGUUGAUACCCCCUUAUUUGACCCUCCCCCUAAUCUGUCUGCAGAAACCAUCAUCGUUGAUUGUAUUUUUAUUAUUUUAUUAUUAUUAUUAUUAUUAUUAUUAUUAUUAUUAUUAUUAGAUUUUUAUGUUUAUUAUAAUUUUUACGACGCGUUUAUGCGUUUAUUGAAAUACACGCGUGUGUGCGUGUGUGUGCUAUUAUUGCAAUAUGCGACGCGUGCGUGUAUAUGUAUAUGUACGAAAAACGACACACAACCGGUGACCCUGCGUCGAUGAGCGAGCGAUGCUCCGCGCGCUGCAUCGCAGCCUGCGCAUGAUGCAUAGCCUCGACUUUUUCAUCGCGGACCUCCUUCACUGACCUCGUGUAAUACUACCUCUCUCUUUCUAGAACUUUUUUUUCGCCCCCCGAUGUUUAUUAUUAUUUUUUUUGUUUUUAUCAUUAUUAUUAUUAUUAUUAAUUUUUUUUCCCCGGUUCGUACACGCAAUAACGAGUGUGUGUGUGGAGAGCCGCGAGUACAUGUAAUGUAAUAUUGUAACGACAGUCGUAUUCUCAUAUAUGCAUACCGAAUUCUUCCCCGAAGACAAAGACGAUGACGAUACGCAUAUGUAUACACUAGUUGGAUGAAACUUACCGAUCUUUCGAAUCGUCGCGUGCUGCACGUGCAAUACUCAAAAUACACGACGGUAAAUUGUCCCAGUGCGCGCACGAGGCCGGAAAUCGCUGAGCGAUAUAAUCGUUAUAUGUGUGUGUUUUACAUAAGGUUUAAUUUAUAUGUGACUUUUUAUUUAAAAACUGAAAAAAAUAUAUAUGUAUAUCAUGGAUCCGAGCGAAUUUAUAAUACAUGUCUUUAUCUUGAAGGAAUUUUUUUGUUAAUUGAUUGUGUAUGAUAGGCGUUGUAUUAUGAUAGGAAAAUGUGCUGUAUAAUUAAUAACGAUUAUCUUCGAGAGCGUCGCUGUAAUGACCGCUUCUGUACAGGUCGUUAGCGAUUCCCUUUUUUUCUCUUCACUAUCUUCUCACCUUUGGAUGUAAAUCAGCUUUUAAACGUUUUAUUUUUAUUUUUUUUUUCAACUUUAAUAAAUUGCCAUCGAAAACGUA